AUGACCUCUACGAAACCUCCCGACAAGAUAUUUCCUAUCACAACAUUUUUAUCAAACUUACCAAUCAAUCUUAUACAGCAACCUCUUCAAUCAUCUCGUGGAAAUGGUCCCAGUGGACGCCUUGUCAUCAUCGGCGAUGUACACGGAAUGAGACAAUCCCUGGAAGCACUGCUUGAUAAAGUCAGCUUCAACAAAAGCAAUGGAGAUCAUCUCAUACUAGUUGGCGACCUUGUCAACAAAGGGCCCGAUAGCCCUGGUGUUGUUGAUCUGGCCAUAAAACUAGGAGCCAGCGCAGUGCGAGGCAACCACGAAAAUGCAGUUCUUAAUGCAGUGAGCGAGAUUAACAACAUGUGGGAUAGUCGGGAAAGUCAACUACAUCCCAACGACUUGAGUGACGGUCCAGCUGCACCUGAGAACUCUGACACCAACCCCGUUGGGAAUCCUGUCCGUGCCAAAUACAACUCUGGGGCGCCCGAGAUUAAGAUGAGAGCAAGCCCCGCAACACAGAGCACAGCAAUGGCCCUUUCAAAGCAUCAUCUUGAGUGGCUUGCUUCUUUACCUUUGAUCUUGCGCAUCGAUUUACCUCAUAAUCUGACAUCAUCCCUUGGCUACACUCUAAUUGUCGCUCAUGCAGGCCUCGUUCCUGGCAUCACACUGGAAGAGCAGGACCCACAUGCUGUAAUGCAUGUACGGAGCCUGGUCAAUGAAAGUGGCAAUGAAUAUAGAUUUACCCCGACAGAAACUUUCGGAGAAGAAAGCUGGGCUGUGGAGUGGGAUCGCUGGCAAGAAAGCCUAGCGUCCAAGACAACUGUAAUAUUUGGGCACGAUGCAAGGCGUCGUCUGCAGCUGGGGAAAUAUACAAUUGGACUGGACUCAGCGUGUUUAUACGGCAAUCAAUUAAGCGCUGUUGUGUUUGAGGCUCGUGAUCGGAGACUUUAUCAUGAAAUUGUUCAAGUUGAAUGUGCAGAUACACCUGUGACACCAACGGUGCCUGCCAAAGAAGGCGAAUCAAACACAGAUAAGACGGAAGAGCACGUGUAG